GAUAUCGCAGAGCUUCCAAGUCUCCCGGAUCCUGCGGGAGAAUACUGGAUUUCGAUCGAAUCUCCCGUUCUCCCGACCCCAUGCUAAAAUCUCCCGGAUAAUCGUGAUUUUUAGCUGUUAAAUUGUAAAAUUCAUACAAACGGCUGUUUUACGAGUCUAGCAUGUUCAACUCCCUUUACACCCACGUGGAACCUCCGGAUCACAUUUUCAUUUUAUCCAGUAACUUAUACCAGUUUUUUUAUAAUCGUACAUUGAUUUCCAAUCUAAAUGAAGAUAAUUUUACAAAACGACUGGUGAAUUAAUCUAACAAGCCAUUUUAUUUCCGGGUUCUGAAAUGUGUGGGAUGGAAACACUUUAGCGGCACUCGAUGCACAUGCCCCCCGAUGCGCCCCGGCGCGGCCCUGCCUGGUCUCCGGCCUGCUACGCCGCGACAAGGGAAGUCCACGAGCAUUGCGGGGCAUUUUUCGUAAGCUUUUGUGCGCUUUAUUCGAGCUGAAACUGUGGAUCAAUCAUGGGAUUAACAAGUGGAUUACUUUCAGGAAUAAUUUUAUUGACAAUCCUGAAGAACAGAAGCAAAGUGGAGAUUUUUUCGCCUACUAAAGUUUCACUUGGGUUGAUCGGAUUCAAACAUUUUCUCUAUCGUGAGUGAGCUAGCUUGGCACUGGCUGGCUGAGCUGUGCAGUGUGAAGCACGCCUCGUCCCGAUUCAUCCACACUACAAUCGCAUUGUCAGUGACCAUGGAGAUUAUGGAGAUGGAGUCAUCCAAGACCAAGACAACAAAAUAUUUUUUGAAGUUUAAAGAUAAUUUUCAAGCGGAAUGGGACUGUGUGACAAUUUUCACAAGAAUCACUCAGACAGAGACUUUAAUUAAUUACAGGCCACAUAGACUAGAGUCUAUAAGUCUUUACACUAGUACAGGGCCAGGCAAGCUCAUGUACCAUGUUUACCACUACUGAAGCUCCUUCCCCUCUGGACAUUUAAAGGAGGAACUGUUGAAGGGACUCACCAACAAACAACCCAAGAUCGUCGCUGCCUGCCUGGAGGUCAUGGCGUCAGCCGUCAGGGAGUUCGGGUCAAAGGUCAUCACGCUGAAACCCGUCGUCAAGUCGGUCCCGAAGGUUCUGGAGCACAGCGACAAGAAUGUGAGAGACAAGGCCAAGCAGCUUGCGAUUGAUCUCUAUCGAUGGAUCGGAGCUGCCAUGAAACCCAGCUUACAGAAUAUCAAACCUGUGCAGUUGAAAGAGUUAGAAGAGGAGUUUGAGAAACUACCGGGCAAGCCUGCCAAGCAGACAAGAUUCCUUAAAUCACAACAGGACCUCAAGGCCAAAGCGAUGGCUCAGGAUGACGCUGACGAAGAUGAAGAUGAGGAAGAUGAAGCGGAUGCAGCAGGUCCCGCAGUAGAUCCCUAUGAUCUCCUAGAGCCUGUGGAUGUCCUCUCCAAGUUACCCAAAGACUUCUAUGAAAACAUGGAAGCCAAGAAAUGGCAGACGAGAAAGGAAGCUUUAGAGGUCCUACAACCCUUGACAGCUAACCCCAAGAUAGAACCGGGAGACUUCGCUGAACUUGUCAGGGUCCUUAAGAAGACGAUAGCCAAGGACAACAAUGUGAUGAUAGUUGCCAUCGCAGGAAAGUGCAUGGCAGGCAUCGCCUUGGGAAUACGCAAGAAAUUUGCUCCGUAUGCAGUAGCGUGUAUAUCCUCAAUCCUAGACAAGUUCAAGGAGAAGAAAAUAAAUGUAGUUACAGCCUUGAGAGAGGCUAUAGACGCUAUCUUUCCAUCAACAACGUUCCAGAACAUUCUUGAAGACGUCCUAGCCGCACUCGACAACAAGAAUCCCUCGAUAAGAACAGAGACAGCGUUGUUCCUGUGUCGAGCAUUCAGACAGUGUACUCCGGCAACGCUUCCUAAAUCCAUACUCAAACCACUCUGUGCAUCCUUAGUCAAGAAACUGGCUGAUACCACACCAGACUGCAGAGAAGCCUCGUCCGAAGCCUUGGGGACAGCGCUGAAGGUGGUUGGAGAGAAGCCAAUGAACCCGUUUCUGGCCGAUCUAGAAAAGAUCAAGUUAGACAAGAUCAAGGAAUAUAGCGAUAAGGUAGAGCUAGCCCACGGCGGAGGGAAGAAGAAAUCCAAGGAACCGAAAGCAGAGGCAGGUCCAUCCAAGGAGGCUCCUGCUGCUAAGGCCUCCUCCUCCAAGGCUCCUUCUAAGGCUCCAGCUAAGAGUGCUGGAAGCAGACCAGGAACUGCCAAAUCAAAGCCCAAGACAGAUUCGGGCGCAGCUAAAGGUGGUAAAGCGGUGAAAGGAGGAAAGAAAAAAGCACCAAAGAAUGAGGGUCAAGAUGACAUGAAAUCAGAACCUUUAUUAACGGAUGAGGAGGUGGAGGAGAAGGCCGCAGCAUUGCUCUCAUCAUCUAUCCUAACUCAACUAGCCUCUAGUAAUUGGAAAGAAAGAUUGGCAGCCAUGGAAGAAUUCACAAAGAAAGUAGAGAAUAUGGAGAAAAAUAUCAUCAAUGCUCAGGUAUUUGUCCGAGUUCUUGCCAAGAAACCAGGAUUUAAAGAGGCCAAUUUUCAGGUGAUGAACGCUAAGAUAUGUCUCGUUGGCUUCCUGGCCGAGAAAGCUAGAUUCUCUCGUCGGUGUGCUCAGGUUGUCAUAGCUCCUCUCAUCGACAAGGUCGGUGACAUCAAAUCAGGGUCAAAGGUCAAGGAAUCAUUGACAGCUAUCGCUGAAGCUUGCCAGCUUGGUUAUGUUGCUGAAGAGACGAUAACAUACGCCUUUGAGAAGCAGAAGAACCCCAAGAACCAGGCAGAAUCUCUGAACUGGUUUGCACAAGCCAUCCAGGAAUUUGGUUUUUCAACGGUUACACCCAAGAAGGUAAUUGGGUUCAUCAAGACAGCAUUAGCGGCAAUCAACCCACAGGUCAGGACGUCGGCGAUUUCCCUAUUAGGUGUGAUGUACAUGUACAUGGGAGCUAAUCUACGUAUGCUGUUUGACGGAGAAAAGGCCGCCCUCUUAUCUCAGAUUGAUGCUGAAAUUGAAAAGGUUUCAGGGCAGAAGCCUCCUGCUCCUUUCCGCGGGAUCUCCAAGAAGGAUGACAAAGGCGAUGACGGCGACGAUGAUGAAGAGGAGGACGAUGAAGAUGGAGGAGGAGGAGGAGGAGGUGGAGGAGGAGGAAUGAACGUGGCUGAUUUGAUCCCGAGGACGGAUAUAUCCAGUCAGAUUACCGCCGAACUCGUCGCAGAGAUGGGAGAUAGCAAGUGGAAGAUCAGGGGCGAGGCGUUAGAGAAGGUAACAGGUAUCUUGAAGGAAGCUAAGUUCAUCACGCCAAGCCUCGGGGAUCUACCAACAGCACUGAAAGCGAGACUAGGGGACUCCAAUAAAAACUUGGCGCAGACAACGGCGAACAUCUUAGCAACGAUAGCAACGGCCCUGGGUCCUGCCUCCAAGCAGCAUGUGAAAACAUUUGCCGCAGGACUUCUUUUACUCUGUGGGGAUAGUAAGCCUUCUGUGAGGGCUGCUGCUCUAGCAUCACUAACUGCAUGGGAGGAACAGACUGGAUUAGCACCGUUUAUUGAAGAUGAAAUUCUCGUCUCUGUAUUAGCUAAAGAUAAACCUGUAUUAAGGGCUGAGAUCUUUGGUUGGUUAGAAACGAGGAUGGGUAAAUACAGAUCAUUACCGUCCGACCUCUCUCAGGCCGUACCUCUCCUGUUUGCUGGUUUGGAGGAUAGGAAUGCAGAUGUCAGGAAGAAUGCUACUGCCGUCCUACCUCUCUUCAUGAUGCAUCUAUCAUAUGAGAAGAUGGUCAAGAUGACUGGAAAGCUAAAGCCAUCAUCUAAGGACCAGGUUGUUGGGAUCAUGGAGAAACAACGCCCUAACAUUCCCGCCAAGCCAGGCAAACCAGAGAAGGCCACCAAGGCUCCUAAGAAAGAGUCUUCACGACCUUCGACAGCGGCUCCUGCAGAGGAACCCGAACCCAAGAAAGAAUCUGCUCCAACCAAACGACCAAAGACCGCUCCGGCUAAGCCAGUGCAAAAUGACACUGGAUCUACCAGUAGCCUGUCAAGCUCUGCCAGUGCGCCACCAAGUGAGGGCGCUCCAUCCAAGGGCAAGCCGGGCAAAGGGGCGGCGACAGCGUCGAAGGGAAAGGCAGGAAAAGCUGCUCCAUCUAAGAAGAAGAAAGACGAAGAAGAGGAUACGGGACCGGCUGUUAUUCAGAACAACGGCAAAGACAGGAGAUUAAAAGAUGAAUCAGAUCUUAAGGUUCUGAAAUGGAAUUUCACGACCCCUCGUGGCGAGUAUGUUGAUCAGCUAAAGGAUCAGAUCCAGCCGUGCGUCAGCAGGACUCUCUUUGGACUCCUCUUCCACAGUGAUUUCAAAAAACAUAUAGCAGCUGUGGGCAUACUAACACAGUUUGUAGAGAGCAAUCAGAAUGCAAUCAAAUCCAACCUUGAUGUCUUACUGAAAUGGGUAUCCCUGAGAUUCUUUGAUACCAACACUAGUGUUUUAGUGAAGGUGUUGGAGUUUCUUCGUUCAACAUUCACCAUGCUAUCAUCCAUGGAUUACAGCCUUCUGGAUCAGGAGGCGAAUAGUUUCAUCCCUUAUCUCAUUCUCAAAAUUGGGGACCCAAAGGAGAACGUACGUAAGGAUGUGAAAGCCGUCAUCAAGCUUCUCACGAAGCUUUACCCAGCCAGUAAAAUGUUUGGAUUCCUUAUGGAUGGCCUCAAGUCCAAGAACGCAAGACAAAGAACAGAAUGUUUGGACGAGCUAGGCAUCCUGAUAGAGCUCUACGGUCUCAACGUCUGUCAGCCAUCCCCUCCCAAAGCACUCAAAGAGGUCGCUAGUCAGAUUGCUGAUAGAGAUAACAAUGUACGCUCGGCGGCCCUCAACACCCUUGUACAGGUCUACAGCAUUGUAGGAGAAGACGUCUAUAAAUACAUUGGAAAUUUGAAUGAGAAAGAGAUGAGUUUACUGGAAGAGAGGAUCAAGAGGUCGGGCAAGAAGCCGGCUCCGCCCAAGACCGCACCCGCCCCAGCUCAGAAGAAUGCAGAGGAGAAGACAGCUCAACGACCCGACGCCAAGAAAUCAAACCUCCCGCCGGGCUGGAGAGACGCUUACAGGAAUCCAGGAAAGACGCAGAGACCAGCAACAGCGCCCCCUAAGCCAGCAGGGAACCAGUCAUCAAUCCCUAAGGUCUUUUCACUAGACCUUGACAAGCUAGGUCUGAAUGAUGACGAUACCGAUCUCAAAACGUUAGAACUAGAGGAUACAGAAGUCAACGACCUGGAGAAACCGGUUGUUUUGCCAAAGAGAAAGGUACAGAUGUCAGCCAUGCCGACAAUGAUGCAACUCAACUUCAUGAUAUCACAAAUAGCCAGCAACGACAUCGCUAUCAGCAUACAGGCUUUAGCGCAAUUGGAUGAGAUCUUGAAGGAACAGGAGAAGACCAAAGCUGUGGUAGAACACGUCGAUCAACUGCUCGUAGCGACGUCGCUUCAGCUCCGUAUGGCGUUCAGUAAACACAUGGGAGAUGAGAUCAAUUCUAAAGAUGUGAUCCGAAUGUACAGGUGCCUGGCAGCUCUCCUUGUAUCGGUAUUUCAGAACAGUAACCUUAGCCAGCGAGCCUCCAAGGAUGUCCUGUGUGAUCUCAUCAACGGCCUCAUCACAGUCCUUAUCGACGACCGCCUCAUGACCUUCGACGACGGACCCCAGGUGGUCCGAUCUUUCAACAUCGUCAUGGCAAAAGUGGUGGAAAAUGCAAACCACAAUGCGGCAAUGGGAGCUCUGAUAAAGCUCCUCCAGGAGUGUGUAGCCCGUGAAAGCGGGUCAACAAAGUUUGCUUCACUCAUUAUGAAGUGUUUAUGGAGGCUUGUCCGCACCAUGCCCAACAUCAUCAACGAGCUCAACAUCGAUCGUAUUCUGUUGGAUCUUCAUCAGUUCCUCAAAGCGUUCCCGUCGUCCGUCUGGCGCGAUCAGCCUAGCGAUACGCCACUCCGUACCGUCAAGACCAUCUUACACUCGCUGGCUAAGAUACUCGGCCAGAAGGUUCUGAACCACCUAACAUUGAUUCCCGAUACUAAAGAUUCCGAAGUGGAAUCUUAUCUCAAGAAGGUUCUUCGUAGCAGCUCUAGCAGCGUUAGCAGUUCAACAAGCAACGAUCAUAUCAACGGGUCAGCUCCUGAUAUUGUCAGAAUGCAUUCCGAUAAAAAUGUGAAGCAGUCACCCCGCAGAGCUGUCCCUGGGAGGACAAACGACCUUCUUGCACACAUCUUCCAGAAGAUUGGAUCCAAUGAAAAUACAAGGGAGGGUUUGGCCGAGUUGUAUGACUUCAAGCUGAAAUACCCCGAGGUCGACAUCGAUCCGUUCCUCAAGAAGACGUCACAAUAUUUCCAAACCUACAUCACUCAUGGUCUUCAGAACAUCGCCAAGGAGAGAGGAGACAAGAACUUCCAUACCACCAACGUCAUGGUCAAAGAUAGCCAACAUGAAAAUAAAUCAGCAGAGCAAAUCAUGAUGUCAAAUCCACGACCCGUUGGCGAUGGCACGGAAGGUGAGGCGAUGAACGAUCCGUUAGGACGUAUCAAGAUCUUACGCGCCCGCUGUGGUUUGGAGAACGCUCAAGAAGGGGUGAUCGAUAAUGUCCCUAAGACUGCUCCCCAAGCGAAGCAGGAGAUUCCCGCUCCUCAGUCGGAAUCAUCUAAUAAAGAACCUCUGCGAGCAGGAAGUGGGCAUCAUUUUGUUCCAGAGAGGAUCUCGUUAGGAAGCAGUUCGUCCAACCUUCCUGCUACCGCUCCUCAGCUGGCUCCUCUGCCGGACGUCGAUGAUAUCAAGAAAAGAUUGGAAAAGAUCAAGAAUUCCUGCAAGUAAAACUCUUCUAGGAACUAGCUUCUAAACCUUGUACACCGAAAGCAUUCAAGGACUAGACGCAAUGGACAAUACAUACACAUGAUAUUGAUGAUGGUGAUGAUUAUUUGGUUGAUGGACGGCUUCUCAAUGUUACGGAAAGCAUUUCCAUGAACAACAGCUAAAUAUUGCAACUUAGACAUUCAAGGACUUGUGUCUAUGAACGGCUACGGAACCAAUUACGCUCUGAUAGAAUCAAUUAGAUAUACCUAGGAGCAGCAUCUGAUCCUUGUACUUUUGAGGAAGUAAAGAAGUAAAACUCACCUACAUGUAGGAACAGCUUCGUAGCCUUGUAGACUUGAGAGAGGUACAAGGACUUGCAGCUAGGGACAGCUUCUGAACUAAUUUUGCUUUGAUAGAAUCAUUAAAUCUAUCAGCGGCAUGUGAUCCCUGUGGAUUUCAGAGUCGAUCGUUUCCUGCAACGAAAUCAUUUCCUUGGGCAGCUUUCAAACCUUGUUGACUUGAGCAAUUCAAGAACCUACAGCUAUGGAUGGCUUCUGAACCAAUUUGACCUUGAGAGAAUUAAUAAUUCAUAUCUAUCGGCAGCAUAGGAUCCUUGUAGAUUCUAGAGUCAAAGAAUUGCUGCAAGGAAGUCAUUUCUAUGAACAGAUGCUAAACCUUGCAGAUGGGAGAUAAUUCAGAAUUCAGACGCAUGAACAUUUCCAAACUUUCAAGACUGUAAUAGAAUCACUAUAAGUGUUAUAUCAGAUUCAUGCACCUUUAUAAUUGAUGUUAAUAUACAAUAGACAAUAAUACACUUUCUUUCAUAAUAAUAUCUCCUUGAAAUCAAUAUGUGUAUUGCUACUAAACUGGAGAAGAUCUGUUACUAAACACAAACAGAAGUAACUGCCUGUAAGCCAGGCAACAGAUGCCCCUUUUUGAUCGAAAAAUAUGGUUCAAGUCUUUCUCAUUUUUUUUUUUACCCUGAGCUUCCUUUCAAUAUUUUUUCUUUGUUUUUGUUUGUUUUGGGAAGUAUAGCUCCAUGUCUAGUUUAUGCCUUCACGAAGGUUACUGAAAAUUCCUCAUUGUGCUCUUUGAUUUUGUGGUCCCACCUACAGAUAAUGGUGUCUGUGUUGCAUUUGAAUAUCAGGGGGUAGUUUCACAAACACUGUAGUUGGACUUAAAAAGAAGACAUUUUUAUUCAAACCUAGAAACAAGCUAAAAAUAUCAAUUUGAGCUUAUUAGUCCAACCUGACAUUUUGUGGAACUCCCAAGAACGAAUUAGAACGCGAUAGACUGAAAAUGAGCUUGUACAUAUAGGAGGUAGUUUAGCGACGGCUGCUUCCACUGCUUGCCAUUACAAAUGGUGUUUAUACAAGUGUACAUUUUACAAUGUAAAAAUCUAAGGAGAAACUAUACAGUCUAAUGUACAGAUGUAGUCAUGUAUAUUGUGAAUAUAUAUGAUGUAUAGGAGUGGGGUUGGCUGCAUUGUUUGAGUUCAUAUCCUUUUGUUGUGGUAUCCACCAGUAUUACUUUUGUAUCAUCUUCGAAGGAUUGACCUCAUUUCCCUCAUGUUUGUGUUGCUGAACUCAGCUGUCCUUUAUCUCCAAUUAUGUUUUUUAUCAUACCAUGAAUGCUAAAAAAUGUGUAGAUCUCUGCUCUCUCUUUUUUUAAUUCUAUGAUUUUCACAAACCAAUGUGAUGUGGUUAGCUGUAAAAUAAGCUACAGGGAUAAGAAUUAGUUGGUGAAAAUUUCUGGGCUUUUGUAAUUAGAUCGGUUGUGAGUGAUAUACUUAUAGGAGUAGUUUGUGGAACCGACUGUGCACUCAUGAUCAAUUAAUAAGUGUGUGCUAGGAGUGUGUGAUAAUGGUCAGAAUGUAUCAAAAGUUUUUGUGGAUUGUUUCGCAUCUGGGCCCUGUCUUACAAAGAGCUACAUGUACAAUUGAUCCAAUCAAUCACAACUAUUGAAACCCAGCAACGUCAACAUCUAAGGUGCAUGUUUGUUCAAAAUAUUUUCUAGAUGUGAUGUAUAAUCAAUCAUACAUUCAUUGUUUUCUUGAAAAUUCAGUGUGCUCCUCUGUGUUCUUACCAAGGACAUCAUGCAAAUUUCCUGGAGAAAAGAAUUACGACAUUGUUGGAUUUCCAUAUAGGCUACAUGUAACUCUUUGUAAGACAGGGCUCUUCUGUAUCAAUAAUAUAACAACCAGUGUAUGUAUUCACUUACUCAUCAUUAGGGAGCGUUAUAUUUCACAAACCCAGCCCAUGACAAAGAAUCUCCCAUCCCUUUUAUAAAGGCACGUUACAGUCAGUGUUCAGACUGGGAAAAUUGACACCAUUCGGAUGACAAAUUUAAAAAAUGGGAACGUGAACGGAAUGCAAUGUAUAAUAAAACUGUUCAUUUAUUGGUCAAGAAAUGACCAGGAUGUGACGCAAUAUGCUCGUUCCAGGCAAUAUCAUUACUGAUUAAAAAAUGUAAUCCAAUAGAAUAUAUUCCAUUUUCAGUAAAUGUGUGCAAUGGGGUGUCUGUCAAAAAUUCAUUGGAAAAUUGACCCCAUUCGGAUAACAAAUUUUUAAAAUGGGAACGUGAAUGGAAUGCAAUGUAUUAAAACUGUUCAUUUAUUGGUUGAGAAAUUACCCAGGAUGUGACGCAAUUUGCUCUAUCGAGGCAAUAACAUUACUACUUAAAAAACGUACUCCAAUAGAUAAUACUAGUCCAUUUUCAGUAAAUGUGUGCAAUAUGGUCUGUCAGAUUUUUUUAUUUAAAUGUAGAAUUUGCCAUCAAAAUCAUCCAGCUAAUCGAAAUUGGCUAUAUUACCAAUAACUCUUGUCAAAUUAUUUUCCAUUAUAUAAGAUUUUGGGCCCGUUGCAUAAAAGUUACCAUUACUUUACUAUUCAAUAGUAACUUCCUUGAAAUUCUUUGAUUGACUGUUUAGCAUCCUUACCAUGGUAGUUACCAUUGGAUGAUAAAGUAACCAUAAUAAAGUAGGAAUUUUUAAGCAGUUGGGCCCAGAAUGAUUUAUCUUUAAUUCAAAGGUCAGUUAAAUAAUAUUUUAGAACAAGAAGGACUUGUGUUUUAGGAUUUUAGUUAAUCACUUCAUACUCCCAGCAGAAAACAUAGAUUUUCUCACUAUGUUCAGAACUUCAGAUGUAAAUUUUCUGUGCUGAUUUAUUUGUAAUUAUAUCUCUUAUUCAAAGGGUUUAUCUUUUCUAUGCAAAACAUUGAUUGAUUUCAACCAUGAUAGAGUAUGAAUAGAUUAUAUGAGAUUGUUGUAGCCUCCUAUAUUUUUCAGAAAAAAAAAUUUGAGUAAAAAUGGGCUGCUUAUUCAAAUUCAACUUGGAAUAGAAGGUAGGGCAAUACAGAGAAAAUGGCAUAUGAGACUAGAUGGGUCGUGAGCCACAUGGUGUACAAUAGACCGACAUGUGUUGAAAUGUAUGGAACUGUGUGAUCCUUAGGCAAGGCUAUAAGGAAAGACAGAUUUCAGUAUCAACGGGCUUAUUACAUUUUUCUGCAAAAUAUAAAUUGUUUUGCACAUGAAGAUCAAAAGAUAAUGUCUUGAAAAUGAUUGAAUAAUGAAAUAUUUGUAAAAAGGGGAUUAUUUUAUCUUCUUGUUCCCUAACAUUAUAUGAAUAUGACUACUGUCUGUAAAGUGUGCACACAUAUUGUCUGUUACACCUCUGUAGUUCUAAUAGUGUGAUAUCAAUUGCUAUUGCAUGGAUGUGUCAUGUAUUGCAAGAUUAUAAAAGAUGCAAGAGCAUGUAAUAGUUAAAAAUAUCACAUGUAUCUGUACCCUGAGAUUUUGAGGAGAGUUCAGAGAUUCCCUUUUUUUUAAAUGGUGAAUUUGAAGCCGUGUUCACAUGGUAAACAAUGCAUUCAGAACUGUACAUAUGAUUAUUGAUGCAUGAUUAAUAUUCAGACACUGCGAACGAUAUAUAUUUCCUAAUGUGAACAUACCCCUUGUACAGGCUUUAUUCGUGUUAAUACGACCAUGUAUAUUGAUGUGAAAGAAUGAAUGCUUACUACAUGUAGAUGUAUACAUUCAUCAUUAUACUUAGCUGUAAAAUAUAAUAUGCAUGUUUGUGUGUGAAAGAGAUGUAUCCUUGAUAGUAAUAAUCAGAAUUCUUUUCUAAUUUUUUUUUUCAUACGUCGUGCCAGAGCUUUGAUUUCGUUUUCUUUUCAAGAUCUCUAUAUAUAUCGCUAUUUUUGUAUCUUUUAUUUCCGUUGCCUUUUCACACUUGACCGCUUUCUGCGUAAGAAAUGUACAGAUAUUGGCAUGUUUUAUAGCAUUGCAUUAAUCUUGUCUCUGAUAUUAUGCAUGUAUAUAUCUUGAACUACAUUUAUCUCGGAAUAUUUGAAUUUAUGAGAUGAUUAUUCAUGUAUACAGCUGAUGUUAUCGUCUGUUUGAUCAUAUUGAGUUAUUUUACAACUCUUUGAUAUGUGAGGAAACCUCAGACAAUAUGACAGCCUACAUUGAAUGUUAAAUUCUCUCAUUGGAUUGAUCAAUACGGAUAUGGCCAGUCAUUAAAUUUCACUCAGAUACAUGUACCAUUUUGAUAAUUAAAUUUUAGAAUUUGUGAAUUAUAGCCAACUCUGCCCAAGUCUAGAUUACAGAAAUCUGUUUGAAUUGGGAGAAAUUUGACUUUCAAAAGGGUAUAUGAGACAUUAUCUGAUGGAAAAAAAAUUGCUGGGAAUUAGAAUAUUUCAUUUGUGGAAGGUCGACUUAGGCAGAGUUACCUGAAGUUGAGAUUCAUACCGAUGUUGAAUUGGGGAGGUUGAAGGGGUAUUCACACAAAAAAAUCUAUCAAUUCCAAUUUUGCAACAUACAUGUAUAUUCCCAAUAGAUUGCAGUUGAUUGAAGUUUUUUUUGCAGCACUCUUUUAACUCAUAAAUUAAAUACACUGAUUCUUUAAUAAUAGGGUUUUGUAUCUGUACAGCAAUUUACUGGCACUGAUAAUAUUUAUAUAAUUCACCAGGGGGGGCGUUUCAUGAAAGGACUUGUCGGACGUUUUAUCCGACAAGUCCCAUUUUAUCCGACAGUUACCAUAGUAACAGUACCUCUCAGCCAAUCAACAUCAGAGAAAGAUGUCAGAUCUGACAAGUGACAACUUGUCGGAUGAAAAUGCUGAUGAAACACUCCCCAGAUGAUGAUAUAUCAAUAAAAUUAAUUGAUUAAUCGAUUAAAAGAAAUGUUGAGAAUUACCGGUUGAAUUUGUUGUAACCAUUAGUCAAUGAGGUAAUGGCAUACAUUUAUUGUAAGCUACUGAGGUUGGUAUGUCAGGUAAACUUGAGGCAAGCAUGUUAUUACAUGUAAAACUGCUUCAUUACCUCAAUGUAUUUGUAGUCCCACAUAGUGAUUUUCCUGUCUGUUCCUCGGGCAACAGGGCUUGAUUAUAAGAGAGUGGUUGAUUGAAGGAAAGCUUUUAACUAUAAAAGGAUAUAUACAUCUGUGUAUCAAUUUGAGUAAAACCCCCACAGAGUCCAUUGAUUGAUUGAAGCACCCUAUAUUCGUGAGGUGUGCGUUUAAUCAAACUUUAUAUCAUAAGUAAGAUAUCAACAAAUCUAAUCAUACAUGUAGAUGUCUGUCAUUUACCAGGCAAAUCCUGGCAUCUGUAGGCAAUUUUGCCCAACGCCAAAUUUCUUGUGACCACAGGAAUGUUUGACUAAGAUGUUAACAACACAUCAACAUAUCAUUUUUUGCAAAUUCUGGCCUGAAAUAAUGCUUUGACAUUUGCGAAUAUUGGACCUAUGGAAGAUGAACUUAGGCAGGCAGUUACUUGUAUAUGGAAUACUCAAAUUAUCUUGAGUACGAUUGUAAAAUAAAUGCCCUGUCACACAAGGCUUUACAAUGAAUCAUACAACUGAUUUUUAUGAUUGAUUGCAUUGAAAAAUGAUAUGCAAUCAGUCGUAAAGUUCAACUUUAUGAUCGAUCCCAAAGCUCUGUGCUACAGGGUUAUGAUGUACAUACAGAUAUAAAGAUUAUGUUCGAUGAUAUUUUGUUCUGCUGCUGCUGCAAGAUUAAUUGUGCGGUGGUAUGUCCUUGGCAGCAUCAACGUGACAGUAGUGUGUGUAUGUGUACAUGUACUUGUACAAUAAAAAUGGUGAUACACCA